AGUUUGUUGUGAACGCUUCCAAAUGCGUGUCUUGUAGUUUGAGCUCUAGGAUUAGUGGAAAAUACCUCAAAUAAGCAAUGAAUUGAACUGAAAAAUCAAGAGUCUUUCUAAUGUGGAACGACCGCUCUGUUGCAAAGGUGCUUCAUUGUAUAUCCGUAAUUCGUCAUCAGCAGUCUAAAGACAUAUUGUGUCUAUUGAAAUAACAUUUACUCAACAGUUGCCUGGUGAAACAAUAAUGAAGUAUUAUCAAGUUUUUAUAUUCUGGGCAUUUGCGCAAAUCACUACUGGGAACUUGGUGCAGCUGCGAAAAAGUCAUUUGGAUAAAAUCCUGAGAAAUUAUGACUCUAGUAUACGUCCGCAUUCCAUCGGAAGUGCAGAUUUACCUACACAGAUCAAAGUGAACUUAUUUAUAUCAGACAUCUUUGACGUAAAUGACUUGAAAAUGGAUUAUUGGAUACAAAUGUAUUUAAGAGAAGUAUGGGUUGAUCCUAGGCUUCGAUAUCCUGAUCCUGAAGGAAUUGUUCAGAGCAUUCCAUUGACCAGUGUAACAAAAGUUUGGACUCCGGACUUAUUUUUCAAUGAAAGGGAAGGAAAAUUCCACCAGAUUCAAAGAUCUAACAAAUUUAUUAGAAUAUUUUCAAAUGGAAAAGUAUCCUUCAAUACACGUUUAACUAUGAAGAUGCAUUGCCCAAUGGAUUUCAAGUACUUCCCAUUUGAUCGCCAAAUCUGCUCCUUUGAACUAGAAAGUUAUGGGUUUGAUACGAAAGAUAUAUCCUUAACAUGGAUAGACGGGACUCCGGUUCAAGUCAACACGAAACUUCACAUAUCAAAUUUCAUUCUAGAAGAUUUCUUGACUGGAUACUGUGAUAAGCCAACAAAGCAUGGCCACGGUUGCUUAUCAGUUAAACUUCAACUAAAACGGCAAUAUGGAUACUAUCUGACGGAAAUUUUCGUUCCAUUUGUAAUCUUAGUUGCAGUAUCAUGGCUUUCCGUUUGGCUUGAUGCCCGCGCUGUUAUUUUGAGGCUGUCUCUAAUCAUUAUUCUACUAAGUAUGAUGAUGCUUCUGACUUUAGGUGUGCAACCAAUGCUUCCACAUUCUUCCUACACGAAAGCUAUUGAUAUUUGGAUAGCUGUUUGCAUAUCAUUGGUGUUUACCACUCUGCUUCAGUUCAUUUUGGUGAACCAACUAGCUAGAAGAGAAAGACGAGUCAGAAUUACAGAAAACCAUGUGGCUAAAAAUGGUGGAUGCACGCCUGGAGACGUUCAGAAAAUCUCCAAAAUGAGGAAUAUGAUUGAAAAAUGCGCUCACCAUCAUAUUCCGCUAUCUAAAAGAAUCGACUUUUUGUGCCGUGUUUUGUUUCCUGUAGCAUUUGUGAUAUUUAACUGUGUGUUUUGGUUCACUUACAUCAAAGGAAGAGAUAGCCGAUUUAUUGUUAGUUAAACGGUAACAAAGAUAGUUUAUAUCAGUAGAUUUUAAUUAUCCGUAUUUAUAUAAAACGUCUUUCUUUUAUCUUUCUGAACCGAAAGUUUUCCUUUUAAUGUUUAUAAACUUUAUUUGUGAUUCUUGUGCAUUUGUAAAAUAAAGUUUGCUUGUUUUUCUGUA